AUGGACUCUGCCGAAGAUAUCUUCGAUUCGUCGCUAAAUCUUGAAAAAAUCCAUUACCAAGAAGGUUACGAAGAAGGUUUCAACCAUGGCAUAACCACCGGCAAGGAUGAGGGAAAGGAAGUGGGUCUUAAAACGGGUUUCGAAACAGGCGAGGAGCUCGGUUUCUACAAGGGUUGUGUCGAUGUGUGGAACUCCGCCAUCCAAGUCGAUCCGACCAAGCUCUCUGCUCGGAUUCAGAAGAAUAUCAAGCAGAUGCAGGAACUAAUCCAAAAGUACCCUGUUAUGGAUCCAGAAAACGAAAGUGUCCAAGAAAUAAUGGAAGCUUUGAGACUCAAGUUUAGGGCUAUCUGUGCUGGGUUGGGUGUGAAAUUGGAAUAUAAUGGAUACCCAAAACCUAAUGACAUCGAAUUUUGA